AUGUUUUUGUUUCUGCGUUUUGCAAAGGGAAGCGUGCUUUUCCAGAGGAACAGUGAGAUUCAUUGCUCCAAUCCAAACGGCACCUGGCGUCAGCAAAACAUAGGAAUUGCGUUCCUCUGGAUUUUGAAAUUCUUUGAAAUUCCUACAAUCCAAACGGUGCCUAAGAAUGUCUCCUCACCUAAUAUUGUUAUUCAGGUACGUGAUGAGCUUAGAAAGGAGACAUUGCAACUUGCAAGGGAAAAUUUAGAAAAGGAGCAGCGGAUUUUGGAGCUUAGGAAUCAGUGCACAAUAAUUAGAACCUCAGAACUGGCUGCUGCUCAAGACCAGCUUACUGAUUUGGAGAGGCAAAAGGAUGAUAUUAUGAGGUCGUAUUCCCCUGCCGCACUGCUCGACAAGCUCCAAACAUCGAUGGCAAAGCUGGACGAGGAGUCUGAGGAGCUGCACCAGAAGUUCCUGGAGAAAGACAUCGACCUUGCAACCUUUGUGCAGAAGUACAAGAAGCUCCGCACGGCUUACCACAAGCAGGCGUUGCUCCAUCUCGCCGGGCAGACAUCACUCCGCUGA